GCGCCCGGCUUGCCCAACCACGCCACGACGCUAUGCUGCCGCCGCCACCGCCGCCCGCCGUCACCUCGCUGCCCUACCAGUGCUCCGUCCUCCUGCGGCGCCUCGUCGCGAGCCGCUCCCUUGCCUCCUCGACCUCCUUCCUCCGCGCGCUCCGCCGCCUCCACGCGCGCCUCCUCACCGCCGGGCUCCUCCACGCGCAGUCGCACCCGCACCUCACCCUCCGCCUCACCCACCUCUACACACUCUCCCUUGACCUCCCCGCCGCCGCGCUCCUCUUCCGUUCAAACCCGUGCCCCGUCGCCGCCACCUCGCUCGUCGCCGCGCACGCCGCCGCGGGCCGCCUCCCCGCCGCCGUCUCCUUCUUCGACGCCGUCCCGCCCGCGCGCCGCGACACCGUCCUCCACAACGCUGUGAUCUCGGCGUACGCCCGCGCGUCCCACGCCGCGCCCGCGGUCGCCGUGUUCCGCUCACUGCUCGCCUCCGGCUCCCUUCGGCCCGACGACUACUCAUUCACCGCGCUCCUCAGCGCCGCGGCCCACCUGCCCAACCUCUCUGUCCGGCACUGUGCACAGCUACACUGCUCGGUGCUCAAGUCUGGCGCCGGGGGUGCCUUGUCGGUGUGCAACGCGCUCAUUGCGCUGUACAUGAAAUGCGAAGCGCCCGUGGCGACGCGAGAAGCACGGAAGGUGCUUGACGAAAUGCCGGCUAAGGAUGAAUUGACGUGGACUACUAUGGUAGUCGGGUAUGUUAGGAGAGGCGAUGUUGGUGCUGCUAGAUCGGUUUUUGAGGAGGUUGAUGGGAAGUUUGAUGUCGUGUGGAACGCCAUGAUCUCAGGAUAUGUGCAAUCAGGAAUGGUUGAGGAGGCAUUUGAGCUGUUCAGGAGGAUGGUGCUAGCUAGGGCGCUUCUUGAUGAGUUCACAUUUACCAGUGUUCUGAGUGCUUGUGCAAAUGCUGGGUUCUUUGUGCUUGGGAAGUCUGUCCAUGGUCAGAUCAUUCGGUUGCAGCCAGAUUUUGUGCCUGAGGCAGCUUUGCCUGUUAACAAUGCAUUGGUGACCUUCUACUCAAAGGCUGGGAAGAUUGCUGUUGCAAAAAGGAUAUUUGACAGUAUGAAAUCGAAGGAUAUAGUUUCUUGGAACACAAUGUUGUCAGGGUAUGUUGAGAGCAGCUGUUUGGACAAGGCAGUCGAGGUAUUUAAGGAGAUGCCUUAUAAAAAUGAGUUGUCAUGGAUGGUGAUGGUCUCAGGAUAUGUCCAAGGAGGGCGUGCGGAAGAUGCACUUAAGCUGUUUAACUGGAUGAGGGCUGAUGAUGUCAAGCCGUGUGAUUACACCUAUGCUGGUGCUAUAGCUGCAUGUGGUGAACUUGGGGCACUGAAGCAUGGGAAGCAGCUCCAUGGGCAUCUUGUGCAGCUUGGUUUUGAGGGGAGCAAUUCUGCAGGAAAUGCACUCAUUACCAUGUAUGCUAAAUGCGGUGCUGUGAAAGAAGCUCAUCUUGUGUUCCUUGUGAUGCCCAAUGUUGAUUCUGUUUCAUGGAAUGCUAUGAUUUCAGCUCUUGGGCAGCAUGGACAUGGAAGAGAGGCACUUGAUCUCUUUGAUCAGAUGGUUUCUGAAGGCAUAUAUCCAGAUAGAAUUUCCUUUCUCACAGUAUUGACAGCUUGCAAUCAUGCUGGUUUGGUGGAUGAAGGCUUUCGUUAUUUCGAGUCCAUGAAGAGGGACUUUGGCAUCAUCCCUGGAGAAGAUCACUACGCGCGACUGAUUGAUUUGCUUGGUCGGGCUGGACGAAUUGGAGAAGCUAGAGAUUUGAUCAAGACAAUACCUUUUGAGCCUACCCCAUCCAUUUGGGAGGCCAUUCUUUCUGGUUGUCGGAUUAACGGAGAUAUGGAACUUGGUGCUUAUGCUGCAGACCAGCUGUUUAAGAUGACACCACAGCACGAUGGCACCUACAUCCUACUGUCCAACACUUACUCAGCCGCAGGACGUUGGGUAGAUGCUGCAAAAGUAAGGAAGCUAAUGCGUGAUCGAGGGGUAAAGAAAGAACCAGGGUGCAGCUGGAUAGAAGUUGGAAACAAAGUUCAUGUAUUUCUUGUUGGCGAUACAAAACAUCCAGAAGCACAUGAAGUUUACCACUUCCUUGAAAUGGUUGGUGCGAAGAUGAGAAAGCUCGGAUAUCUUCCUGAUACAAAGGUUGUGUUGCAUGACAUGGAACCUCAUCAGAAGGAGCAUAUAUUAUUUGCUCAUAGUGAGAGGCUGGCGGUUGGUUUUGGACUCCUAAAGCUGCCUCCUGGAGCUACUGUUACAGUCCUUAAGAACUUGAAAAUAUGUGCUGAUUGUCAUGCUGCAAUAAUGUUCAUGUCGAAGGCAGUUGGAAGGGAGAUUGUUGUUAGGGAUGUUAGGCGGUUUCACCAUUUCAAAGAUGGAGAAUGUUCAUGUGGUAACUAUUGGUGAACAUACUUUUACCGCUGUACUGUAGGGCCUGCUAACAUAUGUCCAUCAGGUCCUGUCUCAGCUUUAUAUUGUCGGCCAUCUUGGUUGUAAUCAAACAAGAAGCCUUGAAGAGGCAUGGACUGGACCAACUCAGAUCAAAGAGACUUCGCUUAUCAUGGUGUCUCUGUCAACUGAGGUCUUACUGUUAAUCUAUUAGUCUGUGUUCCAUUGAGGCUUGAGAUUGGUGUUCUAUAGGCUACCCAGAAUAUGAGGGGCAGUGUGCUUAAUGUUCAUCUGCAAAAAUCCUUCUCGGAGUCGUAAUGUCAUGACCUGAUUCUUUGAACACCAUGAAGGACCAUGGAGCUAAAUCUUUAGGCAGACCGAUGACGGCCAAUGCAUGGGGAACAGGGGCCAACUCGGCUAGUCACAUCAUCUCUCUAUGAAUGAGACUACCUGGGACUGCUCAGCGAUGUAGCUUUACCAGUGUGAUUUUGGGAUGGCAGUGACAUCGACAAUUGGUGCAUAUGUCAUUAUAUAGGCUGAUACAAAGGAGUCAUUUGAUACAGUUUUUCAUUAGACGAUUACAUGUUUCCUCAAACAUCAUUUGUGUAAAGUCCAUUACCUCAUUUGUACAGGAUGGGUGAGGGUGAGCAUAAUCGUCCAAGUGAGAUUGAGCACACUGGAGAUCAAAUCAGAGCUCUAUUCGGAUUUAUUUUGGACAA